AUGGCAAGCAUUUCCUCAUCAAUAGGCCGGGCCCUGCGACCCGGCCGGCGGUGUUUCCACGUCGCGAGCCGCGCCAAUGGCGGCCGGCAGCCGUCCUGGGCGCCGCUCGUGCGAUGUCAGCGGCCGCCGGCGCCGCCCGGCGCCGGGAGCCGACGAGGCCUGGGCGCCGGCGUCGAGGUCGGGUCCGCGGGCCUGGACUGGGCGCGCAUCGGCUUCCACUUCCAGCCGACGAACGGCUUCGUCAAGUUCGACUGGAAGGACGGCCGCUGGGACGCGGGCACGUUCGAGCCGGAGCCGUACCUGAAGAUGCACGUCAUGUCGUCCGCGAUCCACUACGGCCAGGGCGUCUACGAGGGCGCCAAGGCGCACCACUGCGCCGACGGCGAGGUGCGGCUCUGGAACAUCGACGCCAACGCGAAGCGCAUGACCGAGGGCUGCGCGCGGAUGAUGAUGCCCGAGGUGCCCGAGGCGCUCUUCGUGAAGGCCUGCGAGUGGGCCGUCGCGGCGAACCUGGCCUACGUGCCGCCCUACGGCAGCGGGGGCGCCAUGUACAUCCGCCCCUACAUCUUCGGCCACGGGCCCCAGCUCGGCCUGUCGCCCGCGCCGACGUUCUCGUUCUGCGUGCUCGCGAUCCCGGUGUCGUCGUACUACGCGGGCGGCCUCAAGCCCAUCGACGUGCUCGUCGCCGACGGCUACGACCGCGCGGCGCCCCAGGGCGUGGGCAACGUCAAGGCGAGCGGCAACUACGGCUCCGACAUCCUCGUGACCCUCAACGCGCGCGCGGAGGGCUACCCGACGGUGCUCUAUUUGGACGCCAAGGAGAAGAAGUACGUCGAGGAGUUCUCCGUGUCCAACUUCGUCGGGCUCAAGGCGGGCGCGGGCGGGCAGCUGACCUACGUGACGCCGGACACGGACAGCGUGCUGCGGUCGACGACGAACGACCUCCUCAUGGAGCUCGCGGCGUCCGACGACUUUGGCAUGGCCGUCGAGCGCCGGCCCGUGCCCGUCGAGGAGCUCGACGACUUCGACGAGGUCGCGGGCUGCGGCACGGCCGUCGUCAUGAUGGGCGUCAAGUCCAUCACGCUCAAGGACAAGGUCUACGAGUACGGCUCCAUCGACAACGUCGAGCGGCUCUACGACCGCUACCGCGCGAUCCAAUUCGGCGAGGCGCCGGACGCCUUCGGCUGGGGCUCCGUCGUCCCGCCGCUCCCGGACGCCGCGGCCUGA